CCAUAAACUAAACUUCCUGCUGCUGAAGAAGCCCUGCAGGAGUGUAAACAGCAGAGCUGAACUUUAGAGUUGACUGUUUUUUUCUUCUUCUUUGUUCUUUACGUUCACGAGUUCACGCUCUAUAGACUGUAGACUAUUCCUACACGCAGCAUCUGGUGCACCUGCUCUCCAAACCCUACCGUGCUGUUUUAGCGUGCACUGUUCUUAAACAGCAGGUGCCACCAUGUCCGCGCUCCUGCAUGUCCUCGUGCCGUUCCUGCUGUGCGUGGCCGCCGCCAACACGGGGGUCUUUAACCAGGUCCUGGUGGACACGAGCUAUGAGCACUACGCCGAACGCGCGCUCCCGCAGCUCCCAGCCUUCGUCGCCAUGCCGUUCAACUGCCUCGUGAACGUGGGCUACGCGGUCGUGGGCGCGUACUGGCUGCGCGCUCCGGGGCCGAAGCACGAGCGCGCGCUCCGCUACGCCAAGGACGUGUUCGCGCUCAUGGCGCUGCUCUACGGGCCCGUGCAGUGGACGCGCUUAGCCACGCUGCGCCGCGCGCCCGCCGUGCUGGACCAAUGGUUCACGCUGCCAAUCUUCGCGUGGGUGCCAGUGUGGUGCGGCGCAGUGGCGCACGGUUGGUCCGCCCGGCGCGCGCUCGCCGCCGAGGCCUUAUCGCUCCUCAGCUACGCGCUGGCGCUCGUGCAUGAGCGCGGCUUCGAGCUCGCGCUCGCCGUGCACAUUGUCGCGGCAGUGCACGCGGCGGCCUCGCUGCAGCGCGCGCGCGGAGACGCCGUGUCGCUGCGCUACUUCGCGCUCGCAGCGCUGGCGUGCGCCGGCUUCGUGGCGCUGAAGCUGCUGGACCACGCGCUCGCGCAGUGGUGGCCUUUCCAGCGUCUCACGGGACACUUCUGGUCUAAAGUGUGCGACAUUCUUCAGUUCCACUACAGCUUCUGCUUUCUUACGCACAUCUCAGAAAAUGCGCACAAACGGACAUCGUGAACAAAAACAAAAUACGGACUGAUUGAGGACUGACCCCACCACCCAUCCUCUCUGCUGCUCCUGUAAAUGAGUAGUGACUGAAUUAAUUCUUUAUAAUAAUUUCUUUUCUACCCGAUUAAAAAGGCUCAAGGCCAAAUCUUCAUUCAUAUAUGCACAUAUGAACUGGAAAACCCAGCUGUGAUGCAUCAGCUAACAGACACCUGUGCCAGCCAGAAUCACAAUGGGAUUGAUUAGGGGAAAUGCCAUCUACCCACCCAGAGAGAGAAAGACCGUUUGCGUUCUCUCGGACUCCGGCUGCUGAUGCCAAGCAGAAUGAUCAAAGAUUUGAACCAGGAAUCCUCAUAUCAUAGUGACUUUAUUCCACUGGACCACUCGGAGCCUCAAUCUGAGGAUUGAGGAAUGAAUUUAUUAAAAUAAAUAAUCUCAGAAUAAAAAAUAAUUGACAAAACUAAA